AUGCGACCAGGCGUCAGAAACACUGUAGACCGGCUCGACAGGCCGAGCGCCUACUACCAGAACCGCAACAAGAGGAGACGCGAUCGUGAUGACGACCAUGACCAACCUCCAGAGCCCCAAGUUGACCCUCUAGCCAAUGCCACAACCCUCUAUGUCGGCAACCUCGAUCAAUCGCAUGAGGCUGACUUUCAUCGCAACAACAGGUCCUUCUACACAACCGAAGAGCAGGUCUAUGAACUUUUCGCAAAGUGCGGCGAGAUCAAGCGCCUUGUCAUGGGCCUCGACCGCUUCAACAAAACGCCUUGCGGUUUCUGCUUUGUUGAGUACUACACACACCAGGACGCCCUUGACUGCCUAAAAUACAUUGGUGGCACCAAGCUCGACGAGCGCAUCAUUCGUACCGACCUGGAUCCCGGCUUUGAAGAGGGACGUCAAUUUGGCCGUGGCAAAUCUGGUGGUCAAGUUCGCGACGAGUACCGUGAGGACUUCGAUGAGGGCAGAGGAGGCGUUGGCAGAGCGAUACAAGCCGAAGAGCGAGACGAAUACGCCGAGGGGAAGUAA